UUUCCCGUUGUGUGGCGCAAGCUUCGGAUGGAUCUUCAGCUGGCCAUGCGGACUGGAUUGACGUACUCGGAAGCCACGACUCUGUUGAACAGUGACGAAAUGGCCCAUCACCUGUUCCAUCCUUACGAUCUGUCCUGCAUGCUGGCUCAGAUGAUGUACGGGAACCAACUGGACAAGGCUUAUUGGACAACCUACGUGCCAGAACGAUACUUCCUCCGCGCGGAGAGCAUACUGGAUCGCUACGCACAGGAUGGCCUCGAACCGGAUCGGUGGCCCGACCAGAUGGACCCCACACAAGAUGACAGUGAGCUGCUCUUGGGCGAGAACGAAGAGGACGUUGACAACGAGGAUCGUGAUGGCAACUGGGAACCCAGCGAGGAGGCUCAAGCCAAGAUCGACCGGAUGGAAGCUCGUGAGGCAGCAGCACAACAGGAUGACACGGAGGUACCGGACGCCAACGCUGCACCGGAUCUCGUUUUGCCUUCGACUCGUCGUCCCAAGCGCAGGCUGGCCUGGUUUCCAUCAGUUGCUGUUGACUGUAGCGGCUGA